AUGGCCUAGCAUCUGUAGGACAGCGAACUAUUAACAGCAAAACCUAACGUUCACAAUGGAUAGGAUCUGGUUAUUUAGGGUUCGGGUACACAAGAACAAAGCGAUUCGAGCUUUUCAUCCCAACAUUUAUGUUCUAGCCAAUAGAGUAGUCAUAGGAACAUCAAUCUUAGUCAGAGUUCAUUUAAGAAGAUCAGCAAGAGUAGUUCGGAUCUUUAGAACUUCACAAACAAACAUGCCCACAUAUGUGCCCAUUAUAAUUUCCUCGGGAGAUGUCCUUUGGAACAUUGCAAGUACGAUUAAUUGGUCAAUAUCUGUAGAAAGAGACACAUUUUUGUAUCCGAAGACGAUGGUUUAAGCGAUCUAAUAUCUGACAAUAUUGAUUUAAUCGACAACCUCACAAGCAGCGGAAACAAACUCAAACUGCCCCAUACUACCUAUGGAACUUAGCUAUCUAAAUAUAGAAAAUGUAAAUCCAAUACUAAAGAAUUUUGUGAGAAAUUGGAGCACAAGUUCAUAAGUUAGGAAUAAAUACAUUUUGGCGAUUUUCCUAUAUAAAACUUUUGGAAUUGGAAUGCCUUUGCUUUGCAAUCCUUUUCCGUCAAGUCCCAACCUGAUCUGGGCAAUACUCUACAAGAGAAUAAAUAUUUCAGCCAAUUAAUUAAACCCAAACCUCUUGUGGAUUACAAAUAGGCUUCUGAAAUUUUAGAGAAUUCUUCAUCAGCUCUAAACAUUUCGAAUGAGAUCAAAAAAAAUCUAAUGUCCAAGCUGAAAUCCGACAUUGAUAAGAUGUAAUAAAAAAUAAAGACGAUCUCUAUGCUAAAAAAAUGGAUAACCAAUCAGUAAGUGGAUUAGAACGAAUACAAGAACUUGUACUCCUCUCUUUCCUAAAUUCAAUAGAUCCAUUAUACUAAUUUCCUAAGGAUCACCAACAUUUCAAUAUCCAAUUAAGCAAAACUCAACAAUUAGUUUCAAAGUGUCAAUUACAUAUAAUAAUGA